GUUUAGUUUCCUCGCAUCUUCUCGCUAUCGUUGACAGAUGGUAAUUACGAGCACUAUAAGUCCAUCAUUGGAGUAUAGUCUUCGAAUACUUGGCAUAUGGCCGGGCAUGACAAACGUUGCCGUGAACCGGCUCUUUUACAUGUCGACGUGGUUCGUGAAAUAUUGGCCGCUAUGGACACUGAUUGGCGUGAUUGGUAUCGUGCACCAGGUUGAAGGCAAUAAUAAUACCUCACGACCAUUUCCUAUCAAGAUAAAGUUUCCCUUCGAGGUCGAGCAAUCGCCGAUAUACGAACUUCUCGUCGUCAUCGUGUCUGUGCAUGUGAUGUUAAAUAUGUUCACAGUUACUAUUGUGAAUGUUCUGAUCUUCACUCUGGUACUUCACGCAAGCGGACAAAUCGAUAUUGUAUGUCAAGAUUUACAAGCUACCUCUGGAAAAACACCUUAUUAUGGAUCUUCCGUGAAUACAAUAAAAAUUCUGAUCGAAAGGCACAAUAAAAUUAUCAAAUUUUCCGGAAAUCUCGACAAACUUUUUUCAUCUAUGGCUUUGAUACAAGUGUUUUUGGAUACCUUAGUCAACUCUUUCCUAGGAUUUGUUGUCAUGACAUCUUUUCAUAAUGACGCUGACGUCGGAUUGAUAAAACCCAUAUUUGCUUAUAUGGUCAUAACGACGGAAAUUUUUAUUUUUUGCUUUGCUGGAGAAUAUCUUAGUCAUAAGAGUAAAUUACUCACUGAUGCAGCGUAUAAUUCUUUAUGGUACAACAUGUCGCCCAGUCAGGGUAAAAAUAUGUUACUCGUAAUUAUGAGAUCUCAGAAAAAAUUGACCCUUACAGCAGGAGAAAUGGUGGAUUUAUCGUUAGAAACCUUUACGAGUUAUUUUCAAUAUCAUUAUGUUUUCACGCACUUCAAGAUCGACAAUAUACAGAAUCUUGCAGACAGUUUGCCACCAACUUUAGAUUACAGUUUGACGAUCGUGAAAAUGAUAAUGAUUUGGAAAAAUCGCCGCGUGGUUCGUGAAAUACUGGCCGCUAUGGACACUGAUUGGCGCGAGUGUGUGAACUUCGAUCAGUAUUUGCAAGUGAUGACAGCGAAAGCCAGCAUUUCGCAUUUUUGCUCGAACGCAAUGCUGAUUUUGUACACGGUUAUCAGUGUACUCUAUCUCUUGGGCGAUUACGCGGUUGGUAUCGUGCAUCAGGCCGAUAACGACAAUGAUACCUCACGACCGUUUCCCAUCAAGAUAAUAUUCCCCUUUGAGACUGAGCAAUCGCCGAACUACGAACUUCUCGUCGUCAUCUUGUUUCUGCAUGUGAUGUUAAAUACGUUCACAGUUACUAUCGUGAAUGCAUUGAUUUUUACUCUAGUAUGUCUCUACUCGUGA